UCCGAUUCGAUUUGUAACAAGUUACAAGCUUACUCAAAAAAUAUCUUGAAUAUCUUUAUUGCAGCAAGAAAUGUGGAACAUAAAUUGUUACACAAAUAAAAUAUGAUGAAGAAAAUAUAUCUGUCGUGAUACGGGGCAAAAAAUACGCAUUGCAAUAAUGCCCCCUUAUCGUGACAGUUAAAACUAAAAACAGAAAACAAAGCCUAUAUUUGUGUACAAAUUAUUAAUUAAAUUCAGCUUUUAAAGAUGUUUUCAAAGAAUUUAACUACUAAGGACUCGUUCCUAGAGCAGAUGAAAGCAGCGAGAGAAGAGCGCGCGCUUGAAAAGAAAAGGGAACAGUCUGCCAUAAAAAUACAGGCAAUAGUUCGCGGCUGGCUAGCGAGACAAAAGUUUAUCAAGCUUAUUUUGAAUGAAUUCGACCAAUUGUUACCUGAAACUAAUCAUGGAUCUCAAGAAGAAGGCCAACAACCAGAGUUUGUACAAGCGCUGGAUGUAUACAAAGUUACUUGCCAUUUAUUUUUAGUAUUUAAACCACAAAGGGACAGAAAGAGAUUUGAAAAACUCUGCAAAUAUAUUGUCCAGAGUUUGCAUUCGGAAUCUGUGAAAAUAUCUUAUGUGGGAGUAUUCCUCAACAAAGAAUACAGUUUAUGCUGGAUACAACACAUAAAGGAUCUCCUCUUCAAAUGUUGCCAGUACCUGGAAGAAUUGAAACCAGAGUCUCCAAUAGACAUGCAAAGUAUACUCAUUCAUUUGCACACACUAUUAGAAUUUACUGCUGUAAAUACAUGGGCUCUUACACGAUUGAAAAACUUUGAUAAGCUCAGAGGCGGUAUGACACAACUUUGUGCUAAUGUAAUGGGUUCUCUGUUUCAUAAAGGAUAUUAUUUAACUUUAAAGUCACUACUCCUUCGAGGCCUUUGCCGCGAGAAAGUCAGUCUCAAGAACAUAGCAUUAUCGGCGAUUGUUGCGCUUGCGCUGCGUCCGCUGAUCUCUGCACAGUUCUCUGAGAAACUACUCACAAUGUUCAUCAUACAAAUACUCUCCGUUCCAACACUGGUGUAUCACAUGCAACUUAUAUCACCAGAGUCAAUUUCCACAUUCCGCACACACGCGCUAUUCGAUAAAUCCAUCGAAUUUCUGAGCGCAGAUCAGAAUAUGCGAAUCGUAUUCAAUACAUUGGAGGGAAACUACGCUCUUUGCUUGUUGGGAAACCUUAUACAGUUGGCGCACAUUGAACGGGACCAUACACAGAGUGAAACGUUUUAUCCUACUUUUGUGCUCGUGACAACCCGCUUUCUAGACAGCUGUCAACAGUAUGUAGUAUGCAAGAAAGGUAACCUUAGCAACUGGCAUCCCGUACUAGGCUGGUUUUCGCAAGGUUUCGAUGCGUAUUUACCCCCCACUAUGGGCAAUCUACGAACCCAGCUAUCCUUGCUAUGGGGAGCUCCGUUAUUGAAGAAGUUAUUGGCUAUACCGUUAAAGGAAAUGCUAGAAGGUGGUAUCUCUGCGGAGGAGGGAGCGGGGCCCUCUCAACAAUCGUCGCCAGUGCAAUUAAAUAACCCAGCCGCGUUUAUACGGAGAGCUAUUGAAGCUAGAACUAAUAGGGGUAGCUCAAAUAAAAGUUACAGGAAGCUGGGUUCUCCGGACUGCACAAAAGUUGCCUUAAUAUGCUCAAUGUAUCACACAGCUUUACAGACUAUGACGCAAGUCAAACUGGAUAUAUUGACGGGCUUAUGCAAUCAAGACGAAAUCCUAUACUCGCUAUGGCAAUUCCUAUGUACAUUGGGGCCAAACAGUGGCUUGAAAGCAUUCCUCGAUCUAUUGGCCGUUAAUACUAAAUCGUCUGCGCCUGAGUUUCAAAUGCUCAUAUUGUUUGCUGAUUGUAUGACGCAUUAUGUUACAAUACUCGAUGAUAUGGAAAUGUAUGAAAAGCAAGAACCAUUUAAACUGCAAGACUACGUGAACAUGUCAUUGUUUUUGAACAUGUUUAUAUACAAAUCCAUCAUUGGACAACUUUUUGAUCUCAAAAACAUCCAAAGCAACGAGGUGUUUAGGUCGCUUCACACACUCCUGCUAGUGUUGUACCGCCGCGACUGUAGACGCUCGUACACGCCCGCGGGACACUGGCUUGUAAGGGAAAUACGGGAUUCGCACUUUAUGGCUGAUCUGGAGAAGGGAAAGAAACCGCAACAGGUUCUGGUACAAAAGACUCCACACAUGAUCGCUCACGGUGAAAGAGUGAGAUUGUUCAGAAGAGCCGUGGCUGAUGAGAAGGUGGUGCUGGGUCUGACGGAGCGCGCGUGCGGCGGGCGCUCGACGCUGGUGACGGUGCGGCGCGCGCGGCUGGUGGAGGACGGCUACCGGCAGCUGGCCGCGCUGCCGAGCCGCGCGCUGCGGGCCGUCGUGCGCGUGCGCUUCGUCAACGAGCAGGGGCUGGACGAGGCGGGCAUCGACCAGGACGGCGUGUUCAAGGAAUUUUUGGAAGAAACUAUCAAGCGGGUAUUUGAUCCCUCACUGAAUUUAUUCCGUGUGACGAGCGAGGAGAGAUUGUACCCAUCGCCGACUUCAUGCUUACAAGAAAAUCAUCUGCAAUUGUUUGAAUUCAUCGGAAGAAUGCUCGGCAAAGCAGUUUAUGAGGGUAUAGUAGUAGACGUGCCAUUCGCGUCUUUCUUCCUAAGCCAAGUGCUAGGACAAACGCAGCAAGCGCUCUACAGCUGGAUAGACGAACUGCCCUCGCUGGACAGGGACCUGUAUAGGAGUCUCACGUAUAUUAAACAUUUUCAGGGAGAUAUAUCAAGUUUGGAGCUAACAUUCUCGGUGGACGAAGAACGCCUGGGCGAAAUAGUUACACAUGAACUUGUGCCCGGGGGCAAAGCUAUACCUGUCACCAAUGAAAAUAAAAUCAAUUACAUACAUUUGAUGGCUCACUUCCGCAUGCACACACAGAUCAAGGACCAAACGAACGCUUUUAUAAAGGGAUUCCGUGCUAUUAUUAAUCCUGAGUGGCUGUCGUUGUUCUCUACGCCAGAGCUCCAACGUCUAAUAAGCGGCGAUAACGUACCUCUCGACUUACGCGACUUACGGCGUCACACACAAUACUACGGCGGGUUCCACGACUCGCACCGCGUCGUGUGCUGGCUGUGGGACGUGCUGCAGCGGGACUUCUCCGAGCACGAGCGCGCCAUGUUCCUCAAGUUCGUGACAUCGUGCUCUAAGCCACCAGUGCUGGGCUUUGCGCAUCUCAAACCGCCAUUCUCUAUUCGCUGCGUCGAAGUAGGCGAUGAUGAAGAUACUGGAGAUACUAUAGGGAGUGUAAUAAGAGGCUUUUUCACAAUACGAAAGAAGGAUCCGCUCAACCGUUUACCAACUUCGUCUACGUGUUUCAAUCUACUCAAAUUACCCAACUAUCAAAAAAGGAGUACACUAAGGGACAAACUAAGAUACGCUGUUAAUAGCAACACUGGUUUUGAAUUGUCGUAAAUUUUAGGUCACAGAAAAUUAGGCCGUAUUUCAAUGUAUUAAAGCAUUGUUUUGAUUAAUAAAUUAUCCGACUGUCAAAAAAGAAGCACGCUACGAGACAAA